AUGGUUUUCAAAUCAGGUGUAAUCGGUGCCCUUGGAAUCGCUUCUCAUGUGAAAGUGAUUCAUCGCGAGGAUGGCCAUGCUGAGAUGUCUCCACCUAGAUCUGAUUCUAAUUGUCAAAUCAUUCUUGAGGACUUUUCGGGCUUGCUCACAAUCAAUUUGGUGGUGAUCGCGGAUACAGAUGAUGCGGUUGCUACCAUGACCACUAUUGAGAGACCAACCUUGGAUGAAAGCGAAGACAAAGUGUCCAUUGUGGGGCGCAAUGUUGACAGUGAACCUGCCAUGUCAGAUAAUCAACUCCGUAGCUGUAAUGAGAGCCUCAACGCUCUAGCUACCUCUGGAGUAUACUGA